AUGUACACAGAGCUAGGGGGCGUGUCCAGACGCCCAGGCAGUGAUCAGUGGAGGUGGGGGCCCCUUGUGGCCAAUCAGGAGACAGUGGGGCGGAGCGGAGUGUUCGACCCGAAGGGAACACCCACAGGUAGUGACAACAGUCAUUCCCUGGCAACCGCAGGCCGGAAUUUGCAUAGCAGGAGCCAAACCUUCCGCUCCUUCGCCCGAUACUCCCAUAGGUCUGUACCUAAGCCCAAAAAGCGAGUCAUGGAUCUGACUGGGAUUAAAAGCAACAAAGUUGCAACACUUAGCUGUGCCAUGUAUCCAGCUAGAUUAGGUGGAAAAGGUUACUACAAUAUAAGGAGGGAAAAGACAACAGAUGGAUAA